CCUGCCCCCUGUCAUGAAAUUGUACUAAGGCUUAGUCUAAGCUUAUACUAUCUGGCCGUCUUAUUAGUUGAAACGUACAUAAAUCUCGUUUAACAUUGUAUAGUCAUAUAGGAAGUUUAAACAGUACGUGGUAGGGCAUCUUAUAAUUGACCUUUGAGCAAGAGCAGCCGGUAAGCAUGGUAUUAGAUCUCUGUCUACAUGUGGAAAUGCGUUAAUAAAACAUUGCCAUUCAUGAUUGUGUGCAUUAUGCAGUGGCGAUGAGUGCAAGACUGAAUACUGGGAUCUGAGACAAUAUCUUAGGAAAAGGACAUGGCACAAUCAACAUUCACUGAUAGAACAUUUCCAAAGGUAGAACUUCAUCUUCACAUUGAAGGAGCCAUUCGAUCUUCAACAAUAUGGGAGAUUUCACAGAAGCGUGGUAUCAGUGUCGGCUGCUCGUCGUUGGAAGAGCUUGAAAAGGAGCUUGUGGAAUGGAAAACGGGAGAUCUUAGCACAUUCCUAGCACAGUUUAAUAGAUUUAUGCCAGUUUUCAUAGGGGACCUGGAAUCAAUAAAGCGCAUCAGUUAUGAAUUGUGUGAGGACCUAUCUAAGGAAGGGGCAGUCUACUUUGAGGCUCGCUACAGUCCUCAUCUUUUCUCAAACUUACCAAGGGUAAAAAACUUUUUCAAUGUACCUGAAGGUGACGUAACGCCACGUGAUGUCGUCCGAGUAGUCAACGAAGGUAUCCGAGAAGGAUCGAAAGACUUCGGCAUUCAGGCCCGGACAGUGUUAUGCAUGAUUCGUGACAAACCAGAAUGGUCUGCUGAAGUUCUUGAAUUGUGCGAAGAGUUCCAUAACGAUACAGUCGUUGGUAUUGACCUAGCCAACAAUGAAAUGCUUGAACUUUACACACAACAUAUAGAAGGUUUCAAGGGAGCCAAGACGGCUGGUAUCCAUCGUACAUGCCAUGCCGGUGAGAUGGGACCAGCUAGUAAUGUACAAACUGCCAUUGAAAUUCUUGAAGCUGAAAGGAUAGGUCACGGUUAUCACAUCUUUGAUGAUGAGAGCGUCGUGAAGCUCGCUAAGGAAAAGUCUAUUCACUUUGAGGUAUGUCCAACUUCAAGUACUCGAACGGGAGCGCUCGAAGAUGAUUUUGACAACCAUUGCGCUAAAAGGUUUCUCAACGAAGGUAUGAAUAUAUCAAUAAAUACAGAUGAUCCAACGUUGUUUGGUGCGACACUCACAAGAGAGUUUAGUAUUGCUCGUAAUCAUUUCGGCAUGGAUGACAGAGCCUUAGCGUUGAUGACUCUAAAUGCAGCACAAGCCAGUUUUUUACCCGACGAUCAAAAAGCAGAAAUGAUCAAGAGUCUCAAAGUCAAGUUCAAGGAGAUUUUAUAAGUAGGCCUAAUUUUCUAUCAAUGCUUAGGAUUUUCAAUAUUUUUCCGGGAUGAAAACCAUGGUAACAUAAUCCUAAAUUACUCAAUUAUGUUUUGAUGUGAAUAACCAUUAUUUUUGUGGAUUUUUCUCCAACCAAAAAAUAUUCCUUUUCUAUUCCCUUCAAGACCGUGAUAUUUAUUUUUUUUACUCGAAUCGACUGUAGCUGUACGUUUUCAAAAUACUGUUGUUCAUAUUGGUCAGCGUGCUGGCUUGCAAAAUUAAUACACAAUAUGUCAAGGGCGUUAUUACAUAUAUCAGACUGGAAUAUAUAUUGUUCUGUUAUGAUUUUGUAUAAAAAACAGUACCCGGUCGAAAUAUGUUUAUAACAAGAAUACUAUAAAAAAAAGAUAUUGGAUAAAAAUGCUCCAUUAGUGUAAUUUAUGUGUCCAACCAACAUUGGGCAUUUUUCUUUUUGACAUUUGUAUUUAUCCAGUGUGAUGAAUAUUUUGCCCAUUCUAAAGUAAUUGCUGGACAAUAUGCUUCCCACAUUGUGAAAAAUGUUGCCACAAAUUGCAUAAUUACCAUCGUGCUGGUUAAAAUUUUACCCAAUACUUUUUACAGUCAACUCGAAAUGUGGAUUUUAUGACUGUAAUAAUGUUAUAUAUGUAAUAUGAUCCAAUAUAGGAUGUUUAAUGACGAGCCUUUCAUUUUUAUUGAGU